CCAAGAAGCUCUGAUUUUUUGGCAGCUCCCUCCCCUGCCCGGUGACGAGCCUGGAGUGCGGCGGGCAGAGGGAGCUCCUUCGGCCACACGGUGGCGCGCGCGCCUCGCGAGGCCGGGGCUGCCACAGCGCCGCACCUCUUCGCCUCUCCAGCCCCACCCGCGCCCAGGCGCUGGAGCAGCCGCGCCCCCAGCCCUCCCGGGCGGAAUAACCUGGAGGACGCUUCUAGGGUGCGGGUCGAGGGGCAGCCGUGUCCGGCCGGCGCUGGAGGUGCUGCCGGCUACGGGCGGCCCGGACUCCAGGCUCCUCCUUCUGCCGGCCCCCCACCCUCCGCCCCUCCGCGGCUCGGCUGUGCAAACUGAAGGCUUCCCGGAGCAGCCUGGCAGCGGCGGCGGGCACAGCGCAGGCCGCCUUCGGGCAACCGCGGCGGCAUCGCUAGAGCAGCCAGGGGCGCCGCAGAGCCCGGCGCGCCCUACUCCGCUGGGAGAGGAGAGAAGCCGGGGGCUGCGGCUGGGCGAGGGGGAGGAAAGUGCGUGUGCGAUAAAGAGUGUCGGGGGCGACAGUCUCGAAUUAGGGCGGAGGAGAGGGCAGCGGAACGGGGGGUGCAGCCCCCGGGCGCCCUUCGCCUGUCCUCGAGGGUUUCCUGCGGCGGCUCCUGCUCCCCAAGCGCCCCUCACCAUGGACUUGCGCGGAGUUGGGACCCGCCUCGGAAGCAGCGAGCGGGCGACUGCCCGGCCCGGGGGUUGCGCGGGCGCGCGCGCUGGGAUGGAGAGGUAGGAUGGCCGCCCAGCGCGACCCCCGCCGCCCCAACCCAGCGGCCCCUGGGCGGUGCCGCUGACUCGCCCGAGCGCACAGGGGUGUGGGCGGAGGCAGCCCCGCGCCCGCGCCCUCGGGAGUCGCUUCGCCUCUUACACCCACUCGCACCUGCUACCGCGCGGAUACCAUGUCGAAGGCGACCGGAGGCGCGGCUGCGGCGGCGGAAAGUUGUACCCCAGCCCCGGCCGGCUCGUCCGCAGCCGCCGCUGUGGAAGACCUGUCCAAAGUGUCCGACGAGGAGCUGCUGCAGUGGAGCAAGGAAGAGCUGAUCCGCUGCCUGCGGCGCGCCGAGGCCGAGAAGGUGAGCGCGAUGCUGGACCACAGCAACCUCAUCCGCGAGGUGAACCGCCGCUUGCAGCUGCACUUGGGCGAGAUCCGCGGGCUCAAGGAUAUCAACCAGAAGCUCCAGGAGGACAACCAGGAACUGCGAGACCUCUGCUGUUUCCUGGACGAUGACCGGCAGAAAGGCAAGAGGGUGUCCCGGGAGUGGCAGAGGCUGGGCCGCUAUACGGCCGGGGUGAUGCACAAGGAAGUGGCCUUGUACUUGCAGAAGCUGAAGGAGCUGGAGGUGAAGCAGGAGGAGGUAGUGAAGGAGAACAUGGAGCUCAAGGAGCUCUGCGUGCUGCUGGACGAGGAGAAGGGCGCAGGCUGCGCGGGCAGCCGCUGCUCCAUCGACAGCCAGGCCAGCCUGUGCCAGCUUGCUGCCGCCACCGCGCCCUACGUGCGGGAUGUGGGCGAUGGCAGCAGCACGUCCAGCACAGGCAGCACCGACAGUCCUGACCACCACAAGCACCACGCGAGCAGCAGCAGCCCAGAGCACCUGCAGAAGCCCCGAAGCGAGGGCAGCCCGGAGCACGCCAAGCACAGGAGCACCAGCCCCGAGCAUCUCCAGAAACCCAGGCCCUCUGGGACUCCAGAUCACCCCAAAGCACUCAAAGGAUCCAGCCCAGAGCACCACAAACCCUUGUGCAAGGGCAGCCCUGAACAGCAAAGGCACCCGCACCCAGGGAGCAGCCCAGAAACGCUGCCCAAGCACGUGCUGAGUGGGAGCCCCGAACACUUCCAGAAGCACCGGUCAGGGAGCAGCCCUGAACAUGCCAGGCACAGUGGAGGGAGCCCAGAGCAUCUUCAGAAACAAGCCCUCGGCGGGAGCCUGGAACACCUCCCCAGAGCCAGGGGCACCAGCCCCGAGCACCUCAAACAGCAUUAUGGGGGAAGCCCAGAUCACAAGCACGGAGGCGGCGGCGGAGGCGGGGGAGGCAGCGGCGGGGGCAGCAGAGAGGGCACCCUCCGGAGGCAGGCGCCAGAGGACGCAUCGCCCCAUCACCGCAAUGUCUACAGCGGCAUAAACGAAUCAACCUUGUCCUAUGUUAGGCAGCUGGAGGCAAGAGUAAGACAGCUGGAGGAAGAAAAUCGCAUGCUGCCCCAGGCUACCCAGAAUAGAAGGCAACCUCCAACUAGAAACAGCUCAAAUAUGGAGAAAGGCUGGGGGCCCAGAGCCCAGCGGGUGUUGCAGUGGUGGCAAGGGUGCCGAGGAAUAGGACGAUGCCUGCCCACUCUCCCGGGCUCUUUUAGGUUGUCAUCAGGGGCUGAUGGGAGUAACAGUUCACCCAACUCUCCAGCUAGCUUCAGUGGACACACCACACCUGCUCAGCAGCCUGAACCUGUGGUACAUUCUCUUAAGGUCUUGGAUGUUCAGGAAACUAUAGAUCGUCCACAGGGUAAAGAGUAUGAACAUGACCUUAGUGAGACAGAAAAAGCUAUAGUCAGAGAAAUGUGCAAUGUUGUGUGGAAGAAACUUGGAGAUGCUGCAGGUUCAUGUCCUGGAAUUAGGCAACAUUUGUCAGGAAACCAGUACAAAGGACCAAUGUGAGAAUCAUUGCUUUUUAAACAUGAGAUCACCACUGCCAGAAAGAGAUAAAAAAAAAAAAAAAGAAAGAAAGAAAGAAAGAGAGAGAGAAAAGAAGAAGAAGAAAAAGAAAAGUGUAUUUCUGCAAACCUGGACUUACGAAAUAAUGAGUGAUUAUACAUUGCACAUAUCUCCCCUCUAAAACGUCCGUACAACUUCCUUCCUCAAGCUAAUAUUCUGUGUCUCUCACUUCAGUAUCUAUAACAGUUGAUCUCUAACAAGGUAGCUUUGAAAAAUCAUCAUUUUGGUACCAGUGUUUUCAUUAGAAUUAGAAUAUUUUUAGCUCCCCAGAUCUAAUAUUGUUAUUGGGAAAUCUGCAUAGAGGAGACAGCGUUGACUCAUUGCUUAUAGCAGCAGGUAUUUUCUACCAUGUUGUAUUGAAGCUAUAACAAGGUGUUUUCCAGGUCCUCAAGUCUAAGAGUUGGGCACCUACCUCUUAACACUUCAGUCAACUAGAAUACUAGGUUGUGACACACAUUUAAUUUGGAUGCAAGAUAAGAUUACAUUUCUGGGGUUUUGUUUUGACUGUUGAGGUGCUAAAAAUACCACGUAAAUUCUCCCUACCAGCUAGAAGGAUAGUAAGACUUUGUAGACUGUGUGUGUCAGAGAGUACCAUUUAUUUCAAUUGAUCAAGAAUAAAUAUAUCUUUUCUUUCAAUCUUGAGUUUCUCAUAAAGAUAUAUCUUGGGAAUAUACCAACCUUCAUAUUCAUUUAGUGUAUCCAUUGAUGUUAAUAUUAACAAUUUCAACUAAAAAAACAAACAUUUUUCUAAGUGUUUUGAGCUGUGAAAUGUCAGUUUCUACAAUUUAGUUUCUAGACAUGCUGUAUAUUUAAUAAACUUUAUGUAAACUUUAAAAUAUUGCACUGCAUUUAUGAAAACGCUUUCUUUGCCUCUUGCAGCUAUCUAAUGUUUUCUGAAACUGACGCAUGACCUUCAUUAUUGAGACUAAAAGCUCUGAUUCAGAUUGCUUGAGGUUUGAAAAAGAGGUGUGCUAGCUUUGCUUAGUUUAUUUCUUAUUUUUGCUAUAUAUAUAUAUACACAUAUAUAUAAAAAAUUAUUAGAAUGUGUGUAUUGGAAAUGCUAUGAUAGGUAUUUUGUGUUUAUCCAAAUGCAACAAUAGUUUCUUGUAUGAAUGUGCAAGAGGCCUGUGGCAGAAUGCUAUGUUUUUAUUGUAGUUCAAGAUUAUAAAAGUAGGAAUACAACAAUUUAAUUUUCAGAUAUGUCCUAAAUUAUUGAAAUUUGAUUUAUAGCAGAUAUUUUCUGUUGUUGUUGUUUUUAAAAGGGCUCAUUACACAGUGUUAAUUGUCCCCAGUGGGGGAAUGUGAAGGAAUAUUGUUACGCUUUCAAAAAUGUUACUGAGAUUUAAAAAACAGCCUUCUAUUUUCAGAAAUUAUUUAUGAAUUAAUUUACUAUAGAAUUAUCUCUCUAAUUAUUGUAACUGGGUGACAGUUUAAGCCUCUCUUUCUUUUAAAAUGUUAUAUUUUUAAAUAUUAUUACUCUGUUAGAGAAAAUUGCUUGCUAUGUUUACCCUCUCUCCUAGGAAAGCUUUCUUCCUAAAAUUGUUGUGUUCCUACAUGCUGAAGACAUUUAAAACAAGGUUUCGUGCCUGCAGCAGAGCCUGCAGAAGCUGAUACAAGGGACACUGGUCUUUUGACAAAAUACUUCUGUAAAUUUUGAUACUGUAUUAAAACUAUUUUUUUAAAGUUCUGCAUAAAAUUGAGUAUUAAGUAUAUGUGUUCAUCUUAGCAAUGGUAAUAAAUUAUUUAAUCUCA